AUGAACGAGAGUCGAGAACGAAUUAGACGUGAGAGGGAGAGAGAGAAGAACACAUAUACCUCUCCUCGUCUAGCGUUGCGUCGAGUGCUGCUAUUGGCUGAAGGCCGUCAGUUUAGAGAGGCCGCGGCUAUCGUCUCCCGACUCGGGCCCGGGGUUCUACAGACGGUGGCUACAGAGUUGCCUGUAGAUUUAUUAGUGGAAGCUCUACCUCACUCUGCUCAUCUUAUUGAGACACUUUUAAAUAGGCUGAUAUCCUUAGAAAUCACACCUCGCCCGGAGUUGCAAUGUGAGACGGUCGCGUGGCGUCUCGUCGGUCUCCUUGGGGGCGACCAGGGGUCCGGCCUCAGGGUCCGGACAGCCCGCCUGGCCCAGGCUCUAGCGCAUUACAGCCCAGAUGCCAGAGAUGCUGUGGAUAGCAGAAGACGGCAGCUCGACACGGCUGUUCAAGGUCUGGGAACCCAUGGGUUGACGGCGGACGCGUCAGGGUCGCUGAUCUCCCUGCACGUGGCGUUGAAGAACGAGCUGCAGCGGCACGUGGAGGUGUACAAGCAAGCCUUGCACAAGCUGGAGGAACUGUCAUCAGUGACAGUGAACCAAGACCCAGCAUCCUCAUCCCACCAGCGGCUCUUGGCUCUGUCGCACGCCGACGUAGAGAGGAGACUUAUCGAUAAUAAGUCCUUACUGACGAUUGUCGACAAGCCCGCGCUGCGGCAGCUGCCGACACUAGUGGCGUCGCUGGCGGCGCGCGUGGACAGCGACAAGGCGGUCCUCGCCUGCGUCGGCCAGAUCAAGAGGACUGACCCUACGUUGGAUUUGAGUGACACGAGGCCAGUAGCAGGUGUCCUCAUGAGCUACUCUCGAGGCUGCGCCGCCGUGCUCUCCCAGAUGAACGAGAGCCAGAUAUCUGCGGAGAUAGAGACCCCCCGGUCGCCGACAGACUCCGCCAGCGACGGGUACCACUCCGACAGCGAUGAUGCUCAUCAGCACCCUGACAGGAGCAAGCUGGUGUCGCAGUACGCGGCGGUGUGGGCGCGCGCCGCCGCUGACACGCUGCCCGCGCUCGCCGCGCUCGAGCCCUUGAAGCCGGCGCCCAACCUCAAGUACAAGAUCGUCUUCUCUGUUGUUGUUCUAUCAUUCCGAGCGGCGAUAAGUCUACGCGAGAAGCGCAUAAAUGAGGUGAAGGCGCUGCUCGGGUGCGAAGAAGGUGGGGAGGGCGCGGGCGCGGGCGCGGGGGAGGCGGGGGAGGCGGGGGGCGCGCGGGCAGGCGACGGCGCCGCGGCGCUGGUGGCGGCGGCGCUGCGGCUGCUGCGCCACAACGCACAGACAUACCCUCUCGGUGAUGCGGAGAGGACUGUCAUUAAUCAGAUAGUGCAGACGCUGCGCGAGUACCCGUGCCUGGCGGCGUGCGGCGCGCUGCACGCGCUGGCGGCGGCGGCGGUGCGCGCGGCGUGGGCGCUGUCGCUGGCCGCGCCGCCGCUGCGCAUCGACACCGACUUCACGCCCGUGUUGAUGAGCCCUGAUAAGCACGUGCGGCUGGCGGGCGGCGGCGAGCGGCGCUCCGACCUCAUCCGCGCCUUCGUGUGGCCCGCGCUGCUGGACGGCGGCCGCUGCGUGUUCCGCGCCGUCGUGCUCACC